AUGAUUGGGCACUUGUGGGCAAUCGGUGCAUGGCUGAAUGAGUCUUCAAAAGUACAUAAACCUUAUGGUUUAGCUGUUUCCCGGCAAGCGGGAAUUUUGAAAAAGGCUAGCCCUGUUCGUUUGGCUAUUGGUGAAACACAAAUAGUUCAAGACACAAGGCAAUUUUUAAUUGAUAAUAACGUUCGACUAGAUUCAUUUAGUCAGGUACAAGGGAAGAGAAAUUCACAAGUAAUAUUAGUGAAAAAUUUACCGUUAAAUACAAGUGAACAUGAUUUGACAAUCCUGUUUGAAAAAUAUGGUCAAGUGAAUAAAAUUGUCUUACCACCCUAUGGUUAUUGUGCUCUCGUUUGUUUUGAACAUCAACAAGAAGCAAGACAAGCAUUUAAACAAUUAGCAUACACAAAAUUUAAAGAUAAUAGACCAUUGUAUUUGGAAUGGGCACCUAUGAACGUUAUAGGAAUAACAAAACCAGCGAAAGAGGAAUCAAUUGUUCAUAGUGAAGAUCAUAAUGCAAACCCAACUACUGUAGAACAAAAAGAGGUCGUCACUCAUAUCGAAGAAGAGGAAGAUGAUGAUGAAACGUUUAAUUUAUACGUUAAAAAUCUUAAUUUUAAUACAACUGAGCAAGAAUUAAUUCAACAUUUUUCAUCAAUCGGUCCAUGUAAAGUAUUCAUAGCAAAAAAGAAAGAUCUAAAACAACCUGGAAAAUUUUUAUCAAUGAGCUAUGGUUUUGUUGAAUUUAAAUCAAAAACAUUUGUUGAUGAAGCAUUAAAACGUUUACAAAACAGUGAAUUGAAUGGACAUAAUUUAGAAUUGAAACUAGCUUCAAAUGUGAAAACAAAACGAAAACGUCAAUUGGAAAAGAAACAACGAACAACAAAAAUUCUUAUUAGAAAUAUACCGUUUCAAGCAAAUGUCAGAGAAAUUCGAGAAUUAUUCAGUGUAUUUGGUGAACUUAAAUUUGUUCGUUUACCAAAAAAAGUCAAUGGCACACAUCAUCGAGGAUUUGAUGGCACAACCGAGAAACGUUUUAAACGAUCGAAAAUUCUUGGUGGACUUCGUGAACUUGCUGCUAAAGGUGUUUGUAGCGCAGAAGGGGAACAGAGCACAGAAAAUGUGAAUCCAAUGGGUGAUGAAGAGGAUGAUGGAAAUUGA